AUGCUCGAUGAUGUCGACAAACGGAUGGAUAGAAUGACUCUUACCGCCAUCUAUCAAGCACUUCUUGAAGACGUCCUUCUCAUGGUGGCUGAGAAGGAUUCCGCCAAGCUAGCGUGGGAGACGCUAAAGACAAUGCAUGUUGGAGUGGAGAGAGUUAAGGAUGUAAAUAUUCGCUCGUUAGGAGAGAAGGUGGAGGAAAUAUCCGUCUUCAAUAAGUUCCUUAGAGCCUUACCAAAAACAUACAUGAAGAUCGUUACAACGAUCGAGCAAUUUGGUGAGCUCAAGAAUAUGACUGUCGAGGAGAUCGUCGGUCGUCUCAAAUACGGGCACUACGCGUCUGAGUGCCCUAACAAAAGGUCUGACGAUGAGGUAAACCUCACUAGCUUCUAUGAUGAGGAGCCAUCAUUGAUGUUUGUUGAGGUAGUGACGAAUUCUUUGCCCGAAGACGAUGAUGCAAACAUUACUAGCUUUAAUGACGAGGAGCCAAUAUUAAUGUUUGUUGAGGGAGAGGAGAAGACAAACCUUGAAGAGUUCAUGCAAGAACCGUCCAAGGAGGAACCAGAGGUGGCGUUGUUCAAUGAAGAGAAAGUUAUAGAGAAACUCAUCGUAAGUGGCGAUGAGUGUAAUCACACUGAUGUGUGGUACCUUGACAAUGGAGCAAGCAACCAUAUGACGGGCCAUCGAGAGAAACUCAAUGAUCUUGACAAGAAAAUUAUCAGAAAUGUGAAGUUCGAAGACGGAAGCAAGGCGCACAAGUUUCUUAAUCCAUCUUGCGUGAAAAUCUAUAUGAGAAAAUCUAUAUGA